UAAAAUUGGUCAUUCAUUAUUUGAAUAAAUGACAAAAAGGCAAAUGCAACAUAUAUACAAAAUAUAAACAUGUAGAACAAAAUUGCUCCAAAUGUAAAAAGUUACUAAAUAAAGAAGAUCAACAUGUAUAUACAUAAAGACUUCCGCCAUUGGUAAAGAAUACCAUUGUCCUAUUUUUUGGCAUACUAAAGAGACUAGACAUGAAUGAAUGCAAUGCCCACAAAAUCUGCAAAAACUGGGGCGUUCAUCAGACUACCUUGUUACGGUGGCCCCGGGGCCAUAAAACUUAGCUAGCUCACUUUUGAGACCAAAAUCUGAGACCGUCUCAGAUUUCGGUCUCAGUCUCAAGUUUGGUGUGCCAUAAAAAAUUCUCGUCUCAGUCUCAAUCUCAUAUUUCUAGUUUGAUCUCACUUAUGAGCUCAGAAAGUUAGAUCGCUGGAAAGGUGUCUCAACUCCGUGUUUUUUUCUCACUUUCAAUAUGGCUUCCGCAGCUGCCCGAUUGAAUCGGUAUAACAUCAUCCGUAGGAGAAGAAGAGCGCCCCGGCCCCGGAUUUUUCAAGAUAGAUCCAAUCCCCUAGAGGAUUUGGAAGGUGAUGAAGUUUUCAUUCGGUUCCGGUUUCGUCCAGAUACAAUUCUGUGGAUUGUUGGCUUAGUAUUUGAUGAUUUACAGAGACAGACCCAUCGAAAUUGUUCCCUACCCCCUUUGCUACAAGUCCUCGCCGCCCUGAGAUUUCUCGCCACUGGCUCGUUUUACAACAUUGUCGGAGAGUCUCUUGGGAUUUCAAAGUCAGCGACAGGGAGAGCUGCUCGGAUGAUAUGCCGUUUGUUAUCAUCCAUGGCUGCGCGCUUUAUCAAUUUCCCAGCCAACUUGGAUUCGUACAAACGUACUUUUUUUGAGAUUGCAGGGUUUCCGAACGUUGUUGGCUGCGUGGAUGGCACUCAGAUCAAGAUCAAAGCACCAAGUGAAAACGAGGGAGAUUUCAUCAACAGGAAAGGAUUCCAUUCACUUAAUAUUCAGAUGGUAUGUGGACCCAAUUUCAAUAUCACCAAUGUUGUGGCCAAGUGGCCAGGGUCAGUUCAUGACUCUAGGAUGUUUAAGGAGUCUCUAUUAUGCAGAGAAUUUGAAAAUGGGCAUAUACAAGGCAUACUGUUGGGGGAUUCAGGAUAUGCUCUCAAGAAGUACCUCAUGACGCCAUAUUUGAAUCCCUCAGAUGUCCACCAGGAGAGGUAUAAUGGUGCACAUUGCAGAACUAGGGUUCUCAUUGAGCAAACCUUUGGCAUAUUGAAAAGAAGGUUUGCUGGUUUGCAUACAGAGCUGCGACUUUCCCCAGAAAGGGCCUGUAAUGCCAUUGUAACUUGCUGUGUGUUGCACAACAUUGGAAUUGUCAGGGGUGAUAUCCUACAGUUUAGAGGGAAUGAUUGUCCCCAGAAUCCCACAGACUACGCUGAGAGAAAUGUUAGAGUUCUUGAUGGUAAAGCAGUACGGGACCAUAUUGCAAGAAAUUACUUCUAGAGGGUGUGUUCAUCUCUACAGGUCGGGGACAACACCCUGAGGCAUUGGAAGUGGAUGGUCCUGACUGCUCUACAUUCAUUGACGGUCCUUCCUUCUCUGCAGUUCCCGUUUCCUCUACAAUUAUUGCAGACAUUCUACCAUUAAUUCUCUAAAACCAAGUUUGGAGACAUAUUAUUUUUUUAGCCCACUUGACCUGAAAGUUCCAGUGAGCUUUGUUGUCUGUCUGCUCGUAAACUUUUCGACAAUUAAAUUUGAGGCUCUCAUA